AUCAAAUGGAAAACGUAAAGGCAGCUUUCCUCUAGAGGUACUGAUGGAAUGAGAGACUAUGAGAAGGUUUUGUUCAUUGGCUUCCAGGGCUGCACCUUUUGAGAAGGAACAACAUUGCCAGACGAAACUAAGAGUUCAAAAGUCCGCAAAGGUCAAGUCUUUAACAACUCCGUUUGCUCGAAACCCUGCCGCCCCUUCAACAGGUAAAAAUUUCAAAGAUCCUAACUUGAAUCCAAUUUCAAUUACUUCUGCUGCGGUUCCUAAACAAAACCCGAGAUUGCAUUCGAAGCCCAUUGAUCACCAGUACUUUACUCACAUUCUGUCGAGAAAAGAUUGGUAUAUAUUGCUGAGACAAGAGUUUAAGGCCCGGAGAGUGAAUUUGAACUGCCAGUCAAUCAUUAGUAUUUUGCAAAAUCAAGAAAACCCUUUACUCCCUCUGCGAUUUUAUAUCUGGGUUUUGAGUAUUAACCCUUCAUUCGGCAAGAAUCAGUCGAUUCGGGGUGUUUUGAGUAAUACCCUUUAUAGGAAAGGUCCAGUUUUGUUGUCAGCUGAACUGGUUCAGGAUAUUAGAAAUUCUGGUUCUGGAAUUACUGAGGAUUUGCUUUGUGUUCUGAUUGGCAGCUGGGGGAGGUUAGGGCUAGCGAAGUAUUGCGCUGAAGUUUAUGAGCAGAUAUCAUAUUUGGGUCUCAGUCCUAGCACUAGGUUAUACAAUGCAGUCAUUGACGCUUUAGUGAAGGCUAAUUCACUUGACCUGGCUUACCUGAAGUUUCAGCAAAUGCAGGUGGAUAAAUGUUUUCCUGACAGGUUUACGUAUAAUAUUCUCAUUCAUGGAGUUUGUAAGGUUGGCUUAGUUGAUGAGGCACUUCGUUUGUUGAAGCAAAUGGAGGGAAUGGGAUUUGCACCCAAUGUGUUUACAUAUACAAUCCUAAUUGAUGGGUUUUGUACUGCUAAACGUGUAGAUGAGGCAUUUGCCUUUCUAGAAAAAAUGAAGGAAAAGAAUGUGACCCCAAAUACUGCUACUUAUAGGUCCUUAGUUAAUGGAUUGUUUAGAUGUUUAUCCCCAUCUGAAGCCUUUAAGUUAUUGUCAAGAUGGGUGGACAGAGAGCUUAAUUUGCCUAAAGUUGCUUGUGAUGCGAUACUAUGCUGCCUUUCUGAUAGUUUUUUGCCAAGGGAGGCUGCUGCAUUUCUUAGAAAAUGUUGUCAAAGGGGUUAUGCUGUCGAUAGUUCAACAUUUGAUGUGACAAUGACUUGUUUGAUUAAGGGAUUGGAUCUUGAGGAGACUUGCCAGUUGUUAGAUAAAUUUACUGAACUGGGUACAAAGGUGGGGUUAAGAACGUAUCUGCUUAUUAUUGAGGUAUUGUUCAGCUCAGGACGAGAAGAAAAAGGUAAUCAAUACCUGAAGCAGAUGCUCCAUGAUGGGCUUGUGAGGAAUGUAAAUUCAUAUAAUAUGCUGAUUGACUGCUUCUGCAAGGCAAAAAUGAUUAGACUUGCUUCAGAAGCUUUUUCAAAGAUGCAUAACAGAGGUAUUCGCCCUAAUCUUGUUACUUUCAAUACUCUCAUUAAUGCACACUACAAGGCUGGGAAUAUAGUAAAGGCACAAGAACUGCUUGUAAUGUUCUUAGAGUAUGGAUUCAGACCUGAUAUCUACACUUUUAGUUCAGUGAUUGAUGGACUUUGUAGAGCACACCAAAUUGAGGAUGCUUUUGAUUGUUUAACGGAAAUGGUGGAGUGGGGAGUCACCCCAAAUGCACACACAUACAAUAUAUUAAUCCGCUGGUUAUGUGUCACUGGAGAUGUCUCUAAAGCUGUGAAUCUGUUGAGACAAAUGCAAAUUGAUGGGAUAAGGCCUGACGUUUUCUCAUUUAACGCUCUAAUUCAACGUUUUUGCAGAAGUAAUGAGAUUGAGAAGGCACAAAGACUGCUUUUAAGCAUGUUAGCAUUGGAUUUGAGUCCUGAUAAUUUUACAUACACAGCUUUUAUAAGGACCUUGUGUGAGUUAGGAAGAUUUGAUGAAGCAAUAAGGUUGUUUCACUGUAUGGAGGCUAAUGGAUGUGUCCCUGAUGCAUAUACAUGUAACUCAUUUAUUCAAAUUUUGGUUAAGAAAGCUAAAUUUCAUGAAGCGCAAAACAUCUAUAAUGACUACAGGGAGAGAGGUAUGCCAUUAAAGCCCAUCAGUGUUUUCUAGUAUGGUUUUAAACUGGUGUACUCCGCAUUGUACUGAUUCAUGCGGUCUUCUGCUGUAUGCAACAUGCCUUGAGAUGACAUGAGGAUAACAUUCUGAUCCAGGCUUCCAAUAAAUCAGGAAUCAUGUGGUUUAGUGCAUUAAUGGGCAGGGAAAAAGGAAGCUAGGAAACAAGAGUUGAUUCCUCGAAUGUGGCUUAUUUCCUGCUUCAUUUUUGAGAGCUUGUUCAUAUGAUCUCCAAAUCAAACAAGGACAGGCGAUUUUGGCGAAGUACAUAGCAAAUGUCCAUAGAAAGAAAUGGCAGUUGCUUCCAUCCUCUCCAUGACUGUGCCAGGGAGUGUGGCAGGAUUAUCAUUUGUAACACUUGAGCUGUACAUCCUGGCAUGAUGCACAAAUUGUCUUGAAGGCUUCAAGAAAUAUGUCGGAAUACUCUUCUUCCAGUUAACUGUGGCUACUCCGGUUUUGCAACUAGCUCGCUGUACAUGAACCCCCAAACAGGGCUAUAUUUUUACAUUAGUAACCCACAGGACGAGGAUCUCUUGCUGGGGUCCCCACGUUGUAACAAUUUUUCUUUGGAAUAAUGCAAAUUAUUAUACAAUGGAAUAAAGUGAAAAUACACUG